UUUUCUUUUUUUUUUUUAAAUAGGGUUACACAUCAUUUUGGAAUGACUGUAUAUCAUCUGGAUUACGUGGCUGUAUGUUAAUCGAAUUAGCCUUGAGAGGAAGGUUACAACUAGAGGCUUGUGGAAUGAGAAGAAAAAGUCUUUUAACCAGAAAGGUGAUCUGUAAAUCGGAUGCUCCAACAGGGGAUGUUCUUCUUGACGAAGCUCUAAAGCAUGUUAAGGAGACUCAACCUCCAGAGACGGUCCAGAACUGGAUUGAGUUACUUAGUGGUGAGACAUGGAAUCCAUUAAAAUUGCACUAUCAGUUAAGAAAUGUACGUGAACGUUUAGCUAAAAACCUGGUAGAAAAAGGUGUACUGACGACAGAGAAACAGAACUUCCUCCUGUUUGACAUGACGACGCAUCCUCUCACCAAUAACAACAUUAAGCAGCGCCUCAUCAAGAAGGUACAAGAAGCUGUUCUUGACAAAUGGGUAAAUGACCCUCACCGAAUGGACAAGCGCUUGCUGGCCCUCAUUUACCUAGCCCAUGCCUCGGAUGUUUUGGAGAAUGCCUUUGCUCCCCUUCUGGACGAGCAGUAUGAUUUAGCCACCAAGAGAGUACGGCAGCUUCUCGACUUAGACCCAGAAGUGGAGUGUCUGAAGGCCAAUACCAGUGAAGUUCUAUGGGCCGUGGUAGCUGCGUUUACCAAGUAGCUGUCAGAAUGGAAAUGUUUCCUUUUUCUCAUGUGAACCAGUAGUUUUUCUUCUAUUGACUUCUGGUUUUCUGUAGUUUGUACUUUCCCAUACUAAUAAUUGGCUUUUGUUCUACAAAAUGGUGGGUGGCAAUUUCUUUUUUGUAUGUACGUGGGAUUCUGCUGGUACGAGAGGCCUUCCUCUUUCUGUUUUUAACCAACCUUAUUGCCAUAUUGGCACUCCAUUCCCUCUUGCCAUUCUCACUGUUACCUGGUCGGAUUUGCUGUACUCUGGCUUUCAGAGUACCUCCAGUCACCUCAUGCACAGCUUUUGGAUUACCUCAGCUUGUGUUUUCCCACCUGGCAUUCUGCCUACAAUUCAGACAAGUCACAACAAGGCCUUCAACUCACCAAAGGUAAAUAUCUGUAUCUAUUAGGACAUUUUAUACAUAGACCUCAGUUGAGAUGUAUACUUAGCAAAAUUAUUUUUAAAUUGAAACAGCACAGUAAAUAGGUAAUAUAAUAUGCCCCUUGGAUUUUGCUUCCUAUGUAAAUCUAUUGUAUGGUUACCUGUGUUUUAAUUUUAGCUAUUAAAUCAUAAAGGUCCAAUUGUUUCACAAAGCCAGUUUGAGAUGGGCUGCAUUCCAUUUAUGCUGUAUAUAGUUCGGAUUAUAUAUGAAUCGCCCCUUCUUCUGGCCACCUCUGCCUCGUCUUAGUAUUUUGCAAAAUUUAAUUGUGCACCUGGUGCCCUUCACUAGCUUCAUUCAUUGUUAUUUGGUGGCAAACUAGACCUCUCAUCAUUGAAGGAGAGAAAGAUGUGAUCUGUUCAACUCUUUCUAAGCCGGGCCCCUCAUGAUAUUCUGCCUAUACAUCUCCUUUGUGACUCUUUUAAACUCUUCCCGUUUUUAUGAUUUCUGAAGGAAAGAGGCUUGUGACUAGUACUAAUCUGGAGUACAGUUUUUUUUAUGUCCUUAAGUAAAUUAAUGUCUGCUCCAAAAUAUCAUUUAUCUACUCAUCCAUUCUUGAGGAAAAGAAGAUCAGAUAUCAGUCCUAGCAGAUGUUGCAUGUAAAUUGAUAGCAAGUAAUGACUGCAAUGCAGAUGAUUAAGACUUUUGUAACAGAAAGCUCUGCUAUAUUUUAAUUUUAUAUACAAUUAUGAUAAUUAGCACAUCGUAAGACUACAAACCUCUGCUUUUUAAUGUUGAUUUUAUUCUUUAUCACUGUUUAUGUACCAUUGGUUUCAUAAUGUAAAUACUAUACAUUGAACAAAUUAAAUGUCAAAUUUUUUAUUACCAUAGUUCAUGUUAAUAGUGGGGCUUUCAGGUGUCUAGAAACUUUUGGUUAACAUUUGAUGCAAAAAUACUAGAUGCGUAUAACUUUAGAGUUGAAUUUUAAGGGACUCCCUAAUAUGUAUACUAUCUUUUUAUCUGAAGUAAUAAAUAAACUAUGAUCUUGAAAGUGCCUGAAUCACAA